CAGCAGCAGCAUUUGACCGAGGAAGCGCAGGAGGAGAGGAGAGCUCCCCGGUGCUGGGACACUCAAAGGACUGUGGACACGGAUAACAACAGUGAAGAGGGAGUGUUCGCCCAGGGCACCAAACAGGCUAGGACCGCCACUGCCUAUAUAUCUGAACAGGAACUCAGGAGCAAUCCCACCCCUGAAGCACAAAGGCGUGGUUAACUGUUCACACACAGAGUGAGAGAGAAACAAGGGAAGCAGAAGCACACCACUCUAAAAACAAAAGAAACACGGCUUAAGACAAGAUUGAAGAGAGAAAGAUUCACACGAAGCACCAUUGUCUUGGCAGCAGCUGACAGCCACAAUGUUGCACUACAGAGUGAACCGCAACACCAUGAAGUUCCUGGUGAUUCUAUAUGGGGCAGCGUUGUUGCUCGUCUGCGGCUGGUACGUGCACCUCAGCCUCUAUGACCCACCCCCAUCCAAUGACAAAGUCCACAUUCUGCUGCUGUCAUCGUGGCGAUCAGGCUCAUCCUUCAUGGGCCAGGUGUUCAGUCAGCACCCGUCUGUCUUCUACCUUAUGGAGCCUGGUUGGCAUGUGUGGACCCAGCUGAAGCAAAAUGGUGCACAGGCGCUUCGAAUGGCAGUGAGGGAUCUCUUACGGAGCCUGUUCCACUGUGACUUCUCAGUGAUGGAGUCCUACCUUCCAGAGAACCAGAAAGAAAUGUUUAUGUGGAGUCACAGUCGAGCUCUGUGCUCGCCUCCAGUCUGUCCUCUCACCCCACGUAAUCAGCUCAGCAACCAGACACACUGCUUACAGAACUGUAAGCCUCGAGACCUGAAGACUGUAGAGGAGGUGUGUGGCUUUUAUUCUCAUGUGGUGUACAAGGAAGUGCGUAUCUUUGAGCUGGAAUCACUUUAUCCACUUUUGCAGGACCCAAACUUAGAUCUCCGCAUCAUCCACUUGGUCCGAGACCCACGGGCAGUGGUGCGGUCUAGGGAAGAGUCAGCCAGGGCCUUUGUCAGUGAUAACGCUAUCGUCUUGGAACAGAAACGCAUCAAGGAAGCAGAGAUACAGUAUCAGGUCAUGCAGGAGAUCUGUCGCAGCCAUGUGCGUAUCAACGAGAGGGCGGUCGUGAAGCCACCUCCAUUUCUAAAAGGCCGUUACAAAUUGGUUCGCUAUGAGGAUGUGACACGCAACCCACUCCAGGAGAUCAAAUCCUUGUAUCAGUUUGUAGGUCUGGAGAUGACCACGCAACUGGCCACAUGGAUCUAUAAGGUGACCCACGGAAAAGGGAAAGGCUCCAUUCAAGAGGCUUUCGACAUCACAUCGCGGAGUGCCACUGACAUCUCUCAGGCUUGGCGCACCAUGCUGCCACACAACACGGUCAAACGAGUACAGGAAGUGUGUGAAGAGGCCAUGUCUUAUCUCGGGUACAGGACGGUAAACAGUGAAAUAGAGCAGAAGAGUCUCUACGUAGAUCUGCUGGUACCACGAGAACAGCUCAGCUGGUCACAUGAUAAAACACCACAGCUGGACGACAGUUACAACACAAAGUCAAAGACUUUAUGGCAGAUGCACAACACAAAGAACUAGAUUAGGGUACCACAGACCGACUGUUAAAAACUGUCAUAAUAUCCAUUUUUAAAGCACAGACACUGUUAGUGGAGAGGCAAGAUUGAUAUGUGAAAAGGAAGCACAGUAUUCUGUUGAUGUACAUUUAGUGUUUGCAUGCCACGAUGAAAUAGUCCCAUGACUCAUUUCCUGAAGUGUCUGUAAAAGUAGACAAAGCUUUAAGCAGAUAAAGUAAUCUCACUUAAGUUAUUUAUUUAUUCAUUGCUGCAAAAUGAGAUUUGUCAAGCACACCAACACUAAAUCUAAAACCUGCCAGUACCCCAUCUGAUAUCCGUCUGAAAAUAAAUGCUGACAGUUAUACAGUCUUUUUCUGAUAAUACAGGAAUUAACUAUGAUACAUUAAUGAAAUCAAAUAUCUCUUGCAGUCUACACAGACAGAAUAACUUUACAGAAUAAACAUCACAGAACCUUUAAUCUGUGAUAAUAAAUCUAUCUUUUUCUGGUAGAAAAUUUUAUUCCUUUCAGAUUCUAAUUUUCUCCAUGAAAAAGGGGAAGAGACUAAGAGAAAAGGUAUAAAUCAACUACUGUUAAUUGUGUUUAGGGUGAUUUAAAAAAAAUGUUGAUACUGAUUUUUUUUUUAAAUGCAUGAAAAAUUUUCAAAGGUUUUUGUUAAAGAUGGACUUCAGCCACAACUUAAUGUGAGUUUUGUUUUUCCUUCAUGACUGAGUGUUCUGAGUGAAACGAUAUCUUCACUUGUACAUUUUUGGAAACCUGCUAUACUACUGUACAGAAGUGUUUAUAUUGUAAAAUAUUGCUUAUUUGACAUGAUAAACACUCAGACUGAGGGUUUAUUUGAUCAAUGGAAACUUGGGUUAUUCUACUCACUAAAAAAACACUGGCUUUGAAUCUCUUUUGCGCUGGUUUGGGUCUCUUUUGUAUGGAGCCCCGCAAGACAUUGCGAGAUCUCAUAAAAGUUUUGCGAGAUCCCAAAUUACUUUUGCGAGAUCUCGCAAAACUUUUAUGAGAUCUCGCAAAAGAUCCGGCUACCUUUUGAUAGCAGUUCUGUUUCUGUCUGUACUAUGGAGUAGACAUGGAGGAGGAUUUAGAGCAUUUACUGUGGUCAAGAGAGGUUUCACAAAAGGACAUCAUGCACAUGCAACAAGACAAAGUUACGGAGCCCCACAAGGGACAUUGGAGAAAAAAAAAUGUAGAUGAACUUUUGCGAGAUCUCGCAAAACCUGUAUUCUGAAUACCACCUUUUUAAACAUUAACUGUAACGCAAUACAGUUACUCAUAUUUUGUACUUAAAUACGUAACGUCGGUACAUACAUUCUAUUACUCCCCAACACUGUGGACCGGUACCGGUCUGUGGCCCGGUGGUUGGGGAACGCUGUGUUAGAGCCAUUUUAUGUUUUUUGGUAUUAUUGCAACUUGUCAGCAUAAGAGGGAGUAGUAAUGCAAUUUGCCACUCUCUCGGUUUGUAUUGAAGAGUGAAACAACUGAACACAAACAGGCAGUUACUGGUAUAGAAUAACUGUGUCAGUCAGUUCAAUGACUCACUGUGAGAAAAUGAGGUUUACUGUAGAGUAACGUGUGCUAUUAUUAGUUAUCUGGGAAAGUUUUGCCACUGCAGUAAAAUGUAUUUCUAUACUCUGUGAAGGACAGCAAAAGUAGGGAGGAACCUGGAAUAUGUGUUUAGUUUUGCAAUACAGUAAAACAACUUUCUUAAUACUCAUUGGACUGUAAAUGCAACAGAAGUAAUCUUUCCUAACACACGCAAAAAAACAAAACAAAACAAAACAAAAAAACUCAAAGAACAAACAAACCUGGAAAUACCUACUAUUGUAAAGGAUUUUUUCUUUCUUUUACCCAUUUUUUUCUGAGCAAUUUACUGAUCUUCCCUAAAUAAGGUAUAUGUAUGAUAUAUAGUGUAUCUUUAUUCACACCAGUUUAACCAGUUUUUGUUACAGCUCACUGAUUGCGCGCUGCUGAGAAAAAGACGCUCAGUUCAGUUAAUUUCUGCUCUGUUUCAUGAAAAUCCCAGUGUUAUUCAAGAGCAAUUUUAUCAGUCACAAAACUGACGCUGAGCCUCUUUAAUAUAACCAUCAUCUUUUUAACAUUAAAAGAAGGCUUGUUGGCAGUUGAUAGUAAAUCUGGCCCUAAAUGUUUCUUUAAAAUGUUCUACUUUUUGACAUGAUUUAAAUCAUUAAAGUAAGUUUAUAUCAAUAA